AUGCAUGGCUUAGCUUGUCUUCCCGUCACACGCACCACCACCACCACCAUCCCACAACUUCUUACCCAUUCAAAACUACCCCACUCCCCUCCAAAACAACAACACUUCACAAACAACACUUCACUCCAUAACCACAUCUCAUUCCUCUGCAAACAUGUUCGAAUCCAAGAAGCCGUCGAUUCACUUUCCCAAUUGCCACAACACGUCCGCAUAGGACCCGAUAUUUACGGUGAACUCCUCCAAGGAUGCGUCUAUGCAAGAGCCCUCAGUUUAGGUCUUCAAAUCCACGCUCACAUGAUCAAAAAAGGUCCUUCCUUUUCUACAAACGAGUUCAUCGAGUCCAAGCUUGUGAUUCUCUACGCAAAAUGCGGUCGUGCUGAUAUCGCGGUUCAUCUCUUUCGUAACGUUGUUACAAACCAGAAUCUAUUCUCUUGGGCUGCAAUUAUAGGCCUGCAAGCCCGAAUGGGACUCUCCCAAGAAGCCUUGUUGAGUUAUGUGGAAAUGAUGGAGAAAGGGUUUCUUGCUGAUAAUUUCGUUGUCCCCAAUGCUUUGAAGGCUUGUGGGGCACUCCGAUGGGGUGGGUUCGGGAAAGGAAUUCAUGGGUAUGUCGUUAAAAUGAAUAAGGAAUUUGAUGGUUGUGUUUAUGUUGCAACGAGUCUUGUUGAUAUGUAUGGAAAAUGUGGGUUUUUGGAGGAUGCGGGGAAGGUGUUUGAUGAUAUGCCUCAGAAGAAUGUUAUUGCUUGGAACUCCAUGAUUGCGGUCUUUGCUCAAAGUGGAAUGAAUAUGGAGGCUGUUGGGCUAUUUAAGAAGAUGAGAUUUCAGGGUGUUGAGGUUACUGAGGUUACGUUGUCGGGGUUUUUUUCGGCUUGUGCUAAUUUAGAGGCUGUCAAGGAAGGUAAACAAGGGCAUGCUCUUGCUCUUGUUAUGGGAUUUGAGUUAGGUAACAUUAUAGGUAGCUCUAUUAUGAAUUUUUAUUCUAAGGUUGGUUUAAUUGAGGAGGUUGAGUUAGUUUUUAGAAAUAUUACGGUUGUGAAAGAUGAGGUGACUUGGAAUUUGAUGAUAUCUAGUUAUGUGCAGUUUGGAAUGUUUGAGAAGGUGCUUGAGAUGUGUCAUUGGAUGAGGGAGGAGGAAAACUUGAGGUUUGAUUGUGUCACGCUGUCUUCUUUGUUGACUGUUGCCGCGGAUACUAGAGAUGUAGAGAUGGGUAAGAAGUUGCAUGGGUUUUGCCUUAGGAAUGAGUUUAACUCUGACGUGGUUGUGUUAAGUGGCAUUGUAGAUAUGUAUGCGAAAUGCGGGAGAAUGGAUUGCGCGAGAAGAAUAUUUUGUUUUGCGGCGAAGAAAGAUCUUGUGUUGUGGAAUACAAUGUUGGCAGCUUUUGCGGAGAAUGGUUUGAGUGGGGAAGCUUUGAAAUUGUUUUUUCAAAUGCAAUUGGAGAGUGUUCCUCCAAAUGUUGUUUCGUGGAACUCUUUGAUAUUUGGUUUCUUUAGAAAUGGUCUGGCGGUUGAGGCUCAAGACAUGUUUUCUGAAAUGCAAUCAUCGGGUGUAACACCUAAUUUGAUCACAUGGACUACUAUGAUAUCUGGCUUGGCUCAAAAUGGUUUUUGUUACGAAGCUAAUAUGGUUUUCCGGCAAAUGCAAGAUGCAGGGAUGAAACCUAAUAGCAUAAGCAUAACUUCCGUACUAUCAGCAUGCACAGAUAUGGCAUUAUUGAACUAUGGAAAGGCAAUUCAUGGGUAUGUUAUGAGGAAUUUCAUGUCUUUUACUCUUCAAAUUACAACCUCUAUUAUUGACAUGUAUGCUAAAUGUGGAAAUUUGGACCAUGCAAAGUGUGUUUUCGUUAUGUGUUCAACAAAGGAAUUGCCUGUGUACUACAAUGCAAUGAUAUCUGCUUAUGCUUCACAUGGUAAAUCUGCAGACGCCCUUGCUCUUUUUAAAGAAAUGGUGAAAGAAGGUAUAGUCCCGGAUCACAUCACUUUUACUAGCGCUUUGUCAGCAUGUAGCCAUGGGGGAUUGCUGAAGGAGGGCCUAGAGCUUUUCAAAUACAUGGUGUGUGAACUCCAAAUGAAGCCGAGUAAAGAGCACUAUGGUUGCCUAGUGAAACUCCUUGCAAUUGAUGGCCAAUUAGACGAAGCUCUUAGGAUUAUCUUGACAAUGCCAAGUCCUCCAGAUGCACACAUAUUAGGAUCUCUGCUUGAUGCCUGUGUACAGAACCAUGAGACUGAACUUGCAGAUUAUAUAGCAAAAUGGUUAUUGAAACUGGAGCCAAAUAAUCCUGGGAAUUAUGUAGCUCUUUCAAAUGUGUAUGCAACUCUAGGAAAAUGGGAUAAAGUAUCAAACAUAAGGGGCUUCAUGAAUGAAAAAGGCCUAAAAAAGAUUCCUGGAUGCAGUUGGAUUGAAGUUGGACAAGAACUUCAUGUAUUUAUUGCUACCGACAAAUCACAUUCUGAAAAAGAGGAGAUUUAUAUGAUGCUGGAUUUAUUGGGAUUUUAA